GGAGACGCGCAGUGUCCCUGUGCGUUCAGAGGAGGCAUCAGCUGCCGGCAGGAGGGAAGCGACGAGGAGGAGAGGAAGAACACACAGCAGACCUACAUUGCAGCCUUUCCAUUCCUUCACUGCUGGUGUCCUUUCACUGCAAAAAAAAAAAAAAGAAAACAAAAAAAAAAAAAAAAAAAAAAAAAAAAAAACGGUCACUGGCUGCAGAAUAUAUAGGCUUGUGUUUUGUUUUGUUUUUUUCUCAAAAGCCGGAGGUCUCAAAUAUGUGUCGGAUCUAACAUCUCCUGAGAGAAAGAGGAAUAUCAGGCUCCCUGGUGGAUGUGGACACCUAAACUGAGGACAUGCAAAAGAUAGUGAAUUUAUCCAUUUCAGUUCUGCUUGUUUUAUGGGGAUGCGCGCUUGGAGGCUCGCCCAGUGUCCAAAUUGGGGGACUCUUUCCAAGGGGCGCGGAUCAAGAGUACAGCGCAUUUCGGAUAGGGAUGGUUCAGUUUGGCACCUCGGAAUUCAGACUGACGCCCCAUAUUGACAAUCUGGAAGUGGCGAACAGUUUUGCCGUUACCAAUUGCUUCUGUUCACAGUUCUCAAGAGGAGUGUACGCCAUUUUCGGAUUCUACGACAAGAAGUCCGUCAACACCAUCACGUCGUUUUGCGGGACGCUCCACGUGUCCUUCAUAACACCCAGCUUCCCUCUGGAUGGAAACCAACAGUUCAUCAUUCAGAUGAGACCUGACAUCAAGGGCCCCCUCCUCAGUCUCAUUGAGUACUACAAGUGGGACAAGUUCGCCUACCUGUACGACAGUGAUCGAGGCCUUACGACGCUGCAGGUCGUUCUGGACACGGCGGCCGAGAGGAAGUGGCAGGUGACGGCCAUCAACGUGGGGAACCUGAAAGACGAGAGGAAGGAUGAGGCGUACCGCUCGCUGUUCCAGGAUCUGGAGAACAAGAAGGAGAGGAGGGUGAUUCUGGACUGUGAACAGGACAAAGUCAAAGACAUCAUGGAGCAGGUCAUCACUAUUGGCAGACAUGUCAAAGGCUACCACUACAUUAUAGCCAAUCUGGGUUUCAUCGAUGGAGAUUUGUCCAAAAUCCAGUACGGUGGUGCCAACGUGUCAGGCUUUCAGAUUGUAGAUUUUGACGACCCUUUGGUGUCCAAGUUUGACCAGAGAUGGGAAGCUCUAGAAGAAAAAGAGUAUCCAGGGGCUGACAGUAAAAUAAGGUACACAUCGGCGCUGACGUACGACGCCGUGCAGGUGAUGACGGAGGCCUUCCGUCACCUGCACAAACAGCGCAUCGACUUCACCAGACGGGCCAACAACGGCGACUGCCUGGCCAACCCCGCUGUGCCCUGGGCUCAGGGAGUGGAGAUUGAACGGGCGCUGAAACAGGUGCGUGUGGAAGGCCUGACAGGAAACAUCCAAUUUGAUCAGCACGGCAAAAGAGUCAACUACUCAGUGAACGUAAUGGAAUUAAAGACCAAUGGCCCCGUAAAGAUCGGAUACUGGAAUGAGGUUGACAAGAUGGCAGUCACUAAAUCAGACGUCUUCCCAAACGACACAUUAGGAAUGGAAAAUAAAACUGUUAUCGUCACCACAAUCCUGGAAGCUCCGUAUGUAAUGCUGAAAAAGAACGCUGACCUUUUUGUCGACAACGAACGCUACGAGGGUUACUGUGUGGAUCUGGCCGCCGAGAUAGCGAAGCACUGCGGCUUCAAAUACCAGCUGAAAAUAGUCGGAGACGGGAAAUACGGAGCCAGAGAAGCCGAGACUAAAAUCUGGAAUGGGAUGGUUGGAGAAUUAGUGUAUGGGAAAGCAGACAUCGCAGUGGCUCCGUUGACCAUCACUUUGGUGCGAGAGGAGGUGAUCGACUUCUCCAAACCCUUCAUGUCUCUGGGAAUCUCCAUCAUGAUCAAGAAGCCUCAGAAAUCCAAACCGGGAGUGUUUUCGUUCCUGGACCCGCUGGCCUAUGAGAUCUGGAUGUGCAUCGUGUUCGCUUACAUCGGCGUCAGCGUGGUCCUGUUCCUCGUCAGCCGCUUCAGCCCGUACGAGUGGCACACGGAGGAGUACGAGGACGGCCAGAUCCAGACCAACGAGUCGACAAAUGAGUUCGGCAUAUUCAACAGCCUGUGGUUCUCCCUCGGAGCCUUCAUGAGACAAGGCUGUGACAUCUCACCCAGGUCUCUGUCUGGUCGCAUCGUCGGCGGUGUGUGGUGGUUCUUCACUCUGAUCAUCAUCUCCUCCUACACGGCUAACCUGGCUGCUUUUCUGACUGUCGAGAGGAUGGUUUCUCCCAUUGAGAGCGCAGAGGAUCUGGCUAAACAGACCGAGAUCGCUUAUGGCACUCUGGACUCAGGCUCCACUAAAGAGUUCUUCAGGCGCUCUAAAAUCGCCCUGUUUGACAAAAUGUGGACGUACAUGCGCAGCGCGGAGCCCUCUGUGUUUGUCAAAACCACAGGUGAGGGGGUUCAGAGGGUCCGUAAGUCCAAGGGGAAGUACGCCUAUCUGCUGGAGUCCACCAUGAACGAGUACAUCGAGCAGCGAAAACCCUGCGACACCAUGAAAGUUGGCGGAAACCUGGACUCCAAAGGCUACGGGAUCGCCACGCCGAAAGGAUCCUCAUUAAGAAAUGCGGUUAACCUCGCAGUACUAAAACUGAAUGAGCAAGGCCUGUUGGACAAAUUGAAAAACAAAUGGUGGUACGACAAAGGAGAGUGCGGCAGCGGGGGAGGUGAUUCCAAGGAGAAGACGAGCGCUCUCAGCCUGAGCAACGUGGCUGGGGUCUUCUACAUUCUGGUCGGAGGACUCGGUUUGGCCAUGCUGGUGGCCUUGAUUGAGUUCUGUUACAAGUCCCGAGCCGAGGCGAAACGAAUGAAGGUGGCAAAGAAUGCACAGAAUAUUAACCCAACUUCCUCGCAGAAUUCACAGAAUUUUGCAACUUAUAAGGAAGGUUACAACAUGACCUUCGGGGACGCCAUGAGGAAUAAAGCGAGACUUUCCGUCACUGGAAGUACUGGGGAGAAUGGUCGGGUGAUGACUCCAGAGUUUCCUAAAGCUGUCCACGCUGUCCCUUACGUGAGACCUGACAUGGGACUAAACGUCAGCCUGACAGAUUUGUCCUGAUCAAUGAGAAACUUCUGAGUGCCUUACAAUGGUUUCAAUAGAGCGAUUUUUUUCUUUGUUUGUUUUCUUCUUCUUCUUCUUCUUCUUCUUCCCUCCUUCCUUCUGUUCUGGCGCUUUUUCUGUCUGUCUGGUGAAAAAAGGUAGGAGAUGGAGGCUUCAUUUUGUCGAUCACAAAGACUUGUAUUGUUGCUCUCUGUCUCUAUUUCUCACCAUGUAAAAAAGCCUCCCUCUCUGGGUGGAAUUACAUUUUGGAAUAUAAAAGGGAGGCGCUCUUUUUCUAAACUGGUGACACCAUGCUUUCCUAUCUAUCUGUCUGGACUGAAAUAAGAUGGAAACGAGGGCUUGAUUGACAGCAACGGCUGCUUCUGGGAGUCAGAGUCUCAGUUAUCUAAAAUGUGUUUGUGUGAGCGUGAGGCUGUGUGUGUCCGGGGGGAUGUCGUCAAAAACACACUGUUUUCUGUAGCCACCACCGCCAAAACAGGAUUUUCAAGCACACUUGAUAUCAUCUGCAUAAAGAUGUGAAAUUGUCCUUUUUUUCUAAGAAAAUCUAAAAAAAAAAUGUUUAUUGAAAAAAAUAUUUUUAUGUAUUUUCACAAAAUAGCUUUUAAAUAAACUUGCUUACAUACCGGUUGGAUAUAAACAUCUUAAUGUGUGAGUAUAAAGGAAGAAAUAAUACUAAACAGCUUCUAGUUCCAUAUUUUUAAAGCCAAAUACAUUGCAUAUGGGGGCGAGAUGUUGAAAUCAUGUAAUUAAUUCCUAUUCUAAACUUUCCUGUAUAUUUUAUUCUUUAACAUUUGGUGUUGAUAUGAAAUAUAUGUCAAUGCUUGACAUUUGGAAUCAAUCCUUCUAUGUUUUUUCUUGUUAGAGUUGGUGCAGCGAUUUUUUUUUUUUUUUUUUUGCUUUACUUUUGUCUCUUCGUUCGCUUCAGUGCUUUUGCUGUUUGUAUUUUUUCUGACAAGGGCCAGGGUUGUCGUUCUACUUUCAAGAGGAAGUUACUCUGUUUACAUGCCAUAAACACAGAUCAAAAAACAAAACAUAGUACGGUAUGGUAUUCUCGCGUUACAUAUUGAAGUGACAUCAAAAGAGGCAUCAACAUCCACAUGGUUUACGUGAUGGUAUAAAAUGCCAAAUAAGUAACAGUGCCAAAUUCUAGUGCCAGUAGAUAUGAAUAUAGUCUUAAUAUAAUCAAUCACUGUCAUCUCAGUGAAUGUAAAUGAUACAUUCUGUAACUUUUGUAACUAGAUGUACAGUUGGUGGCAAUGACAGUGCUAACACAAUAGCCUUUAUGCUUUGUUUUCCAGUCUCCAUGUAUUUUGCAUUGAUCUGACAAUAAAGUAGCAUCAGUUGCAUGUUGUUGCCGAAAAUAAUACAUACGUUGAUUUCAUUAAUGCCAAACAUGCUUUUUUUUCCUUUUUUUUUAAUGUUAAACUUGUGAGGUUAACUGUUUAAAAUUGGAAAUACAAUGUUAUACAUAUAUACAGUAUAUACAUAUACAGGUAUACAUAUAUUUUAUAUAAAAAAUUGAAGUAUGAAAAAUUAAUCCCCUUUCCACUAAAGUGUCAAAGCUACUUAGACUUUUUUUUUUAGUAUUUGAUUUAUUUAUUAAAUAAUGUAUUAUUUUUUAAUUUAGUUCUACAGUUUUACAAUAAGGGACAAGCACUUCUAAUUAUAAGACACAUUUUAUUUCACCUUAUUAAUCUGAAGUCGACCUAUGACGAGCCCUCCACUCCUAAAAAAACGGAGGUAAACUGUACUAUUAUUACCACUGUUGUUUUUUGUAGUCAGCAGCAGAAACAUAAACCGUAGUUGCUUCUCAGUUUCAUCGCAUAUUCAGGCUAUUCUCACUGACAUUUUGUAUAUGGAAUGUGUGCUAACUUGUUUAUUUUUUGGGACUCUUUCUAAAUAAAAGUGGCUGAUUUCUUGUUA